AUGACCUCACCGCAGCAGUCGACACCGACUCUUGUCGAGCAGAAGGCCGCCGUCAAAAUGGCGACGAUCCCAGAUGCAAAGCGCGAGGAGGAGAAUGGGGUCAAUGGACACGUGUCGCUGUCUCCGAAUGGUGUAAAGCCCGCAGGUGCCGAGGCCCCACCCCCAACAAAGGCAACAUCGCCGACUGCGCCCGAGGAUGCGCCCGAUUCAGCGACAGAAGCCCAAAAGGGCGACACCAUCGCGUCCGAUCCCCCGGCUGAAGAGAGCGCCAACCCCGCCACCGAAAGCGCGCCAUCCGGCGCAUCCGAUGAGAAGGACAAGCAGGCUUCAGAGCCCCGAGAUGAGCCACCCGCUCCGGCCGCGAAACCCGAUGAGCCCCGAAGGACGCUGUUCCACCAGAGGAAGGCAAGUCCUGGCCGAGAUGUCGAUGCGACGCCGGCCGCCGAUCCUGCACCUACCGCCGCACCAGCAGAGAGCACAGCGGAAACCGUAGCCGAGCCAAAGCCUCAGCCACCAAGCUUGUCCGACCUGGCAAUCGAGUCGCAAAAGUCGGCCGAGACAGCUGACAUCAACAUGGCCGACGCCGACGCCCCUUUGUCAUCUUCAUCCAAGGUGUCUAGGGAACGCGAUGAGGACCCGAGUGAUGAGCCGGCUGCCAAACGAGCGAGGACGGAACCGACCGAGGCCGAGAUCGAGGCCGAAGCCCCUCCCAAACCCGAGGCCGACGCUCAAGCUUCAGUCGAGACCGAACCUGCGCCUGCUCCCCAGGCGGAUAUCACCUCCAUGAAAGCCGGGCCCGACCCUAUGGAGGUGGAUGACGCUGGCUUUGGGCUUGACCUGAUCCCGCCGUAUCCAGAUGCUGAGCCGGGGAAUUUGAUGCACCCCGGCGCAGACCAUCUGCCCAUUCAAGAGGUCUCUGUUAGGGCAAUCAAAACUGUCCUGUCCGGUGUCAAGAAGACGAAGGCUGGUGCCAAUUUCAAAGACUCCGUCGCGGCCCUUUGGCCUACAUUGGCAGAGUCCUACAGUGCCAAGGUGACGAAUCCUAUGGAUAUCAGUUUGAUGGAGCGCAAGCUGCGGGCAUCGGCCUACGCUACCUUGGGCGACUUCAAAGCCGACGUGAAGCUACUCGUCACCAAUUCUGUCGCUUUCAACGGUGCUAUCCACGGAGUCACCGAGAGUGCCGUGUCCGUGGUGGAGAAUAUCUGGGACCGGAUGCACAAAGCCAAGGUUGAGGAGCCCUUCAAAACGCACAAGAAGGACAAGUCGGCGAACAUCAGACACACCGAGCGUUCUGCAGCAGCCCACCAACCCCGCCCGAAGCCCACGCCAACACCGGCAUACGUUGCACCAACAGUUCCUGCCGUGUCCGCGAGUCCUACCCCUGCUCCAUCCAAGCCUGCUGUUGAUAAAGCUCUGUCAUCCAAGGCAGGCGAGGGCUCGACACUUGCCAGGAGAGACUCAACCAAGGACGACGACCGUCCCAAGCGCCCAAUUCACCCACCAAAGAAGGACCUGGCAUAUGAGGCGAAAGGAAGCAAGAAGAAGAAGCUCAGCCCAGAGCUGAGGUUCUGCGAAGAUGUCCUCAAGGAGCUCAUGAAGCCCAAGCAUCAAGCAAUUAAUUGGCCUUUCCUGAACCCUGUGGAUGAAGUCAGAGACGGGGCCCACGGCUACUUUACGAUGAUCACGGAUCCAAUGGACCUGGGUACCAUUCAAACCAAGCUGAAUACCGGAAAGUACGCGAAUGCCGAGGGCUUCAGGCACGACUUCAACUUGAUGCUCGACAACUGCUUCAUCUUCAACCCGGCCGGCACCGAGGUCAACAACGUUGGCAAGAACUUGCAGUCAUGGUUCAAUGGCAAGUGGGUUGACAUCAACACAUACGUCGCCAAGGCGUCUGCCAAGGGCCCCCGGAGACCCUCGGCCUCCAGUCCGGGUGCUGGUGCCAAAGACGGCAGUGACGACGAAGCACCAAGCGAGGCAGAGGCAGAACUGGAGGCUGUGGAGACCAAGGAGGAGAUUGAGCUCAAAAAGGCUCUCGAGGCUCUGAGGUCCAAGUUGGAGGUGACCAAGAAGGAGCUGACCGAGUGCCUUCUGCAAGAAGCAACCGACAUGGCGCAGAUUGACAUUCAUCACUCCAUCAUCAAGAUGCUCACCGAGGGUGUCAAGGAGAAGGAGGCGAAGCUUAAGGAGCUUGGUGGUAAUAGACAGGCGGCGAAGACAAAAUCGGCGCCCACCAAGCCGAAGAAGUCGUCGGCCUCUGCCGCAUCCGCAAACGCCUCAUCAGCUCCAAAGAAGCCGUUUGGGGGUGCCUCGAGGAAGAGCGGUGGGGGAGGUGGUUCCAACAGCAGCAAGAAGUCUGGCGCCAAGCGUCCUCUGACGGAUGUUGAGAAGCAGGCGAUCGCUAACGGCAUCAAUGAUCUCGACGAGCCCUACAUAACGACGGCGAUUGAUAUCAUAAUGAAGGACAAUCCCAAGAACAAGGAAAACGGAGAUGGAGAAUUGGAGCUUGAGAUUGACGCGCUUUCACUUGAGGCCCUACAUAAGCUCUACGAUCUAAUGUGCAAAGGAAUUAAGGGUUUCCGGAGCAAGGUGGAGGCAAAGAUCAAGGAGGAGACUCAAGUGUCUGCGCCACCAGCUCUCAACCAGCCGGCGGCACAAAAGCCCAGGAAAAACAAGCCCAUGGGCAAGGGCGAACAGGAGCUGAAGAUCGAGCAUCUAGCAAAGCUCAAAUCUCAGUUCCGGGGCGGCCGCCAAGGAAGUGGCAGCCAAGAGCCGCCUACCUCGAAUGAGAUGGCAUCUACAGCAGAGCCUGCCCAAGCUGACGACGACAGCGAUGUCAGCUCCGAGGAGGAUUGA